AUGGGAACCUAUCUCCCUAUUCCUGAAGGGUUUACCGGCUACGCCUCUCGAUUUGUUGAUCCCGCGCUGGGCUUCUCGCUUGGAUGGGUAUAUUGGGUCAAAUAUGCGAUUUCGACCCCAAAUCAACUAACAGCCAUUGCCUUGGUCCUUCAAUAUUGGGUCGACCGCGACAAAGUCAACCCUGGAGUAUUCAUUGCAGUGUUCCUAGUGGUCAUUAUCUUGGUCAACUAUGUUGGCGUACGAUUCUUUGGAGAAUUCGAAUUCUGGCUAUCGUCUUUGAAGGUGCUGAUACUCUGUGGCGUCAUUAUUCUUUCAUUCGUCCUCGCCUGUGGUGGCGGCCCCGAUCACGAUGCUAAAGGCUUUCGAUACUGGCAUGAUCCGGGUGCCUUCAACGAAUUCCGAGCAAAAGGGGCUACAGGACGCUUUCUUGCUGUGUGGAACAGCGUUGGAACAGCAACUUUUGCCUAUCUAUCCACUGAGUUCAUCGGAGUGACAGUCGGCGAGGCUCAGAAUCCUCGCCGAACCAUCCCCCGGGCGGCACGGAUGAUUUUCUAUCGUAUCUUCUUCUUUUACAUUCUAAGUGUUUUCUUCUUAGGCAUGAAUGUUCCAUACAACUCCAAGGAGCUUGCAUUCGCCACAAAACAGUCAACCUCUGCCGCAGCAUCACCUUUCGUUGUGGCUAUUGUGCUCGCCGGCAUUGAUGUGUUGCCUGGCAUCUUGAAUGGCUGCAUCCUUGUCUUCGUCUUUUCAGCUGGUAUCUCGGACCUGUACAUCUCUAGCCGUACGCUUUAUGGUUUAGCUCGCGAUGGCAAAGCCCCAGCUUUCCUGGCUAAGACGGAUAAGAGGGACAUCCCUGUGCCAGCACUGGCUGUGUCCGCGGUGCUGUCUCUGUUAGCUUUCAUGAAUGUUUCGAACGAUUCGAAGACGAUAUUCACUUAUUUCAUCAACUGUAUCACUGUUUUUGGUUUGAUCGUCUGGGUUUGUAUUCUGGCAUCUCACAUCAACUUCAUCCGCGCCUGUCGAUUCCAGAACAUUCCUGAGGGCCACCUGAAGUACCGUGCACCCUUGGGUAUAUGGGGCUCAUGGGGUGCUCUGGCAUUUUGCGUUCUCGUAACUUUUACCAAGAAUUUUGCGGUGUUCGUUUACAACCCGGCGACGGGUCAGCACUUCGACUACAAGAACUUCAUUACCGGCUACAUCGCCAUUCUGGUGUUCCUGGGUGCCUUUCUGGGCUAUAAAAUAAUUUAUCGGACCCAAUUUGUCAAGUUGGUAGAUGUGGAUCUUCAUUCCGGUCUUGAUGAAAUUGAGUUGCAUGAGAUGAAAUUUGAAGCUGCGGAAGCGGAGAAACUGGCAAACCAAAAACCCCUGAGCCGAUUCUAUCGCCGCUACGUGUCUUGGCUCUUCUAG